AUGGAGGUGGUGGAGGAGAUAAGACGCUCUCCGCACGAUCAUGGGGAUCCGUGUGCUCCCGAGAGCUUCUUUGAUCGCGUAACGCAAGGUUUACGCGACGAUCUCGAACAUGAGCGGGACAGGUGUCUCCAAAUGGCGGACACUGUCUCGAAGAAUCGAGCUGAGUUUGCAUUUGCUCAGCUUGAGAACGAGAGAUCUCUGACAUCUCUUCGUGACGAGCUAAGGGUAGCUCGUGGGAUUAUUGAUCGGUCUCGGGAUGAGAUAGCUGCUCUUCAGACCCUUGUCGAUGCCCACCAUCGGGAGCACAAGGCUCUCUGCGAGAUGCUUGAGCGCAAGGGCGUUCUUCAUCGGAAGAAGCAGCGUACUGAUUGCUUGAGCGCAAGGGCGUUCUUCAUUGGAAGAAGCAGCGAGAUGCUUGAGCGCAAGGGCGUUCUUCAUCGGAAGAAGGAGCGUACUGAUGGUACGGCUUAA